AACACUCCAUCGAGCUGUGGUAGGCAGCCCGCGGGCUGGGCUCUCGUUGUUGUUGCAUUUGCACACUUGAGGAUGUCUGGCUGAAAUCCCCUCAUAAACACAGCUCUCGAUGGAGUUUGAUUUUCUUUUAUAUAUACGUCUCAUGAGAUUCGUCAGAGCCUUGAGUUAGGUUCUUUUUAAAUACAGUGUUUAUAUGCAGAAGUUAUAAAUAGACUCAUCCUAGGAUUUUUAUCAGGAGAUGAAAUCUGUUGCUUUAGAUUUCUGCUAAAGAAUUUGAAGGUUGUUGCAGCAGUAGGUUGUUCAUUAUAUUUGCAAUAUUUUCUUUUUUCCUUUCUAAUAUAGAAAGGGCGUAUGUAGGACAAAGGCUUCUUGACAUGCUCAGUAAUUUAAAUAAUACUGGGAUGAACAUACCUAGACCUUUAUUGAAACGGUGUUUGGUAUAGCUAAAAGCUUUAUUGUUGUUUUAUUUUUCAACACAUGCUAUAUGCUCGUGCUUUAAAAUGGGAUUGGCAUAAUGUACCUAAAGGGGCAAAGCCUUUUUUGACCUUGCUGGAGUUGUCUGUCUGCAGGUAGCUGGCAAACAGAAACUGCAGGACAGACUGAAAAAGCCUCAGCUGAACUGUGGGGUUUUUUCCUUUUUUUUUUUUUUCCUUUUUUUUUUCCCCUUUUUGCCAUGGAUGACGAUGAGGGAAGGGCUUCUUCAGACAGCUCUGUCAGUGACGAAUAGAUGAAUGAAUUCUUAAACGUUCAGAACUUGCAACAUGUGUUCCAGACCCUUCAGCACAUGAGAGUCGCAAGAUCUCAGCAAUGAGCUGGAGAAUGUGCCGUGUCUGCUGCAGAUGGAGGAGCCCAGCAUACCUCAGAGAUAGCAGAAACAAAAGAAUGUGUGACAGGAUCUGAAGAACCUGACAGUCGCUUUGUCUUGCAAAGGACUAAAGGAAUUUUUUCAAAAUUUGGAAAAAUAAAAUUUCUUUUUUUUUUUUUCUUUCACAGUGAGAUUUUUUUUUCCUGUGUUUUAGAUAGCAGUGUGUCCUGUGUGCCCACAGCAUUGCUUUUUUAGUUAGCGUGACUGUGUAUUUUUUAAAGGAAAUGUGACCUGGAUUUUGUGAGCUUAUUAUACACAGUAAAUGAAGGCAGCUGUUUUAGUUUACUGAUCCCUUAUAACAGCUCAAGUAAAUUGAAAUAAAGCAAAAAUAUGUGCGCCUGGGAUCUGAAUUAAAUUCCACUCUUUGGCCUUACACGGAGCCGUGGAUUAUUAUAUAUUUGUAGACAGUUGUGUGUAUGAGGGGAACGAGACAUCCAACCUUGAAAAGAUUUAGGAAAGUCGAGCAGCUUUUUCCCAAUGUGACCUGCUAAAUCUGCCACAAAGAGGCAGGCAAAAUUACCUCCAGAUAGUCAGAGACCGUGGCUGCAGCUCUUCAUGACAGGCAAGUGCAAGACCAGGCCCUAUUUUUAGCAAGUGGUCAGAGGGGGAGUUAAGGAGGAGGGGGAAGAAAACUUUGAAAAUAAUGGACUUCUUUAACAGUUAGAGAGCAAAGCCAGCCAGAAGCAAGUGAGCUUUAGUGCUCAGCAGUUGAAAUAUGGAUGACUCGAGUAUUCUUCGAAGAAGAGGGCUGCAGAAAGAGCUCAGUCUCCCCAGAAGAGGAAGCUUCUGUCGGACAAGCAACAGGAAGAGUUUGAUUGUGACAUCCAGCACGUCUCCAACUCUCCCACGACCGCAUUCCCCUCUUCAUGGACACGCAGGUAGCAGCCCUUUGGACAGUCCCAGGAACUUCUCUCCAAAUGCACCUGCUCAUUUUUCCUUUGUUCCUGCCCGAAGCCACGGACACAGAGCAGACAGGACGGAUGGACGCCGCUGGUCCUUGGCCUCCCUUCCUUCAUCCGGCUAUGGAACAAACACUCCCAGUUCAACAGUUUCAUCAUCAUGCUCAUCUCAGGAGAAGCUGCACCAGCUGCCCUUUCAGCCCACGGCAGAUGAACUUCAUUUCCUGACAAAGCAUUUCAGUACUGAGAGCAUCACUGAUGAGGAAGGGCGCCAUUCUCCAGCCUUGAGGCCUCGAUCUCGCAGUCUCAGCCCGGGUCGCUCUCCAGUCUCCUUUGACAGUGAAAUAAUAAUGAUGAACCAUGUGUACAAAGAAAGGUUUCCAAAGGCCACGGCACAGAUGGAAGAACGGCUGGCUGAGUUUAUUGCCUCGAAUGCUCCGGAGAACGUGCUGCAAUUAGCGGAUGGGGUCCUGAGUUUCAUUCAUCAUCAAGUUAUUGAGCUGGCCAGAGAUUGCCUGGAUAAAUCACGGGAAGGUCUUAUUACUUCUCGGUACUUUUAUGAGCUGCAGGAAAACUUGGAGAAACUUCUCCAGGAUGCCCACGAGCGAUCCGAGAGCUCCGAGGUCGCCUUCGUUACCCAGCUGGUGAAGAAGCUGAUGAUCAUCAUCGCGCGGCCAGCUCGGCUGCUCGAGUGCCUGGAGUUUGAUCCUGAAGAGUUCUACCAUUUGUUAGAAGCUGCAGAAGGCCAUGCCAAGGAAGGGCAAGGAAUUAAAUGCGACAUUCCUCGUUAUAUUAUCAGCCAGCUGGGACUCACCAGGGAUCCCCUGGAGGAAAUGGCCCAGCUGAAUAGCUAUGACAGCCCAGACACUCCUGAGACAGAUGAUUCAGUCGAGAGCCGUGGGGCUUCUGUCCAGUCAAAGAAAACUCCAUCUGAAGAAGAGUUUGAAACGAUUAAACUGAUCAGUAAUGGUGCUUAUGGGGCGGUGUAUCUGGUGCGGCACAAGACCACCCGCCAGCGUUUCGCCAUGAAGAAGAUCAACAAGCAGAACCUCAUCCUGAGAAACCAGAUCCAGCAGGCCUUUGUGGAGAGGGAUAUCCUGACGUUUGCCGAGAACCCCUUCGUGGUCAGCAUGUUCUGCUCCUUCGAGACCAAGCGGCACCUGUGCAUGGUUAUGGAGUACGUGGAAGGAGGUGACUGUGCUACGCUUCUCAAGAACAUUGGUGCCCUACCUGUUGAUAUGGCAAGGAUGUAUUUUGCUGAGACUGUUCUGGCAUUGGAGUACCUACACAAUUAUGGGAUUGUUCACCGUGACCUAAAACCUGAUAAUCUCCUGAUAACUUCCAUGGGUCACAUUAAACUAACAGACUUUGGACUGUCCAAAAUCGGGUUAAUGAGUCUUACAACCAAUCUUUAUGAGGGACACAUUGAGAAGGAUACCAGGGAAUUCCUGGACAAGCAGGUCUGUGGGACUCCGGAAUACAUUGCACCAGAAGUGAUCCUGCGCCAGGGCUACGGGAAGCCCGUGGACUGGUGGGCCAUGGGAAUUAUCCUGUAUGAGUUCCUGGUUGGCUGCGUUCCUUUCUUUGGGGACACCCCUGAAGAGCUGUUUGGACAAGUGAUCAGUGAUGAAAUUGCCUGGCCAGAAGGUGAUGAUGCACUGCCACCAGAUGCCCAGGACCUCAUUUCUAAGCUUCUCCGCCAAAAUCCUCUGGAAAGAAUGGGAACAGGUAGUGCCUUUGAAGUGAAACAGCAUCGGUUCUUUAAAGAUUUGGACUGGAAUGGAUUACUUCGGCAGAAAGCUGAAUUCAUCCCACAGUUGGAAUCUGAGGAUGACACAAGCUAUUUUGACACCCGUUCAGAACGGUACCAACACCUGGAUUCGGAGGAAGAGGAGGACACUAAUGAUGACGAUCACGUGGAAAUUCGGCAGUUCUCCUCAUGCUCACCGAGGUUCAGCAAGGUUUACAGCAGCAUGGAACGUCUCUCCAUCCACGAAGAGAGGAAGACUCCACCACCAACUAAGCGGAGCCUGAGCGAAGAGAAGGACGACAGGCUGGACAGCCUUGGUGGCCUGAAGAGCCGAGACCGCAGCUGGGUGAUUGGGUCUCCUGAAAUCCUGCGCAAGCGCUUGUCCAUGUCUGAAUCCUCGCACACGGAGAGCGACUCCAGCCCACCCCUGACGGUCCGGCGGCGCUGCUCGGGGCUCCUCGACAUGCCCCGCUUCGCCAUCUCCGCGGAGGACGAGGGGACUGCCCUCAAGAGGCCACAGUCCGAGGGGAUGCUCCUGUCCACGGUGCAGUCGCGGGAGGGGCUGCCGGUGCCCAUUCCGGAGCAGCCUGUGGAGCACGAGCUGCAGCUGGAGGGUGAGGCCGGACCCACCACGCCCUCCACGGCCGUCAGCAGCGCCUCAACGCUGACAGCUGGGAGCACUGCAGAUUUCUCUGAUCCACGAGCUCGCAGUAAUAGCAAUGAAGGCCCAGACUUUACCACUCCAAAAGCCAUCAGCGAUUUGGCAGUGCGGCGGGCACGACACAGGUUGCUCUCUGGGGAAUCAGGGGAGAAACGUACCUCGAGACCUGUCAAUAAAGUGAUUAAAUCAGCAUCCGCUACUGCCUUGUCUCUCCUGAUUCCCUCAGAUCACCACACGUGUUCUCCAUUGGCCAGUCCAAUGUCACCUCAUUCUCUAUCCUCCAACCCAUCUUCGAGGGACUCCUCACCCAGCCGCGACUUUUCUCCUGCUAUCGCAAACCUGAAACCACCAAUCAUCAUCCAUCGGGCUGGAAAGAAAUACGGUUUCACUCUCCGUGCCAUUCGCGUCUAUAUGGGUGACAGUGAUAUCUACACUGUGCAUCACAUGGUCUGGCACGUGGAGGAAGGCGGCCCGGCGAACGAAGCGGGACUGCGGGAAGGGGAUCUGAUAACCCACGUCAACGGGGAGCCGGUCCAUGGGCUGGUGCACACGGAGGUGGUGGAGCUGAUUCUGAAGAGUGGAAAUAAAGUGUCCAUCUCCACCACACCAUUUGAGAACACGUCCAUCAAAGUUGGUCCAGCUCGAAAAGCCAGCUACAAAUCCAAGAUGGCUCGUAGGAACAAGAAGAGCAAAACAAAGGAUGGUCAGGAAAGUAAGAAGAAGAGUUCUCUGUUGAGGAAGAUCACUAAACAAGCAUCGUUACUUCACACCAGCCGGAGUUUAUCGUCACUGAACCGGUCUCUGUCCUCUGGAGAAAGUGUGCCUGGCUCUCCAACUCACAACCUGUCUCCUCGGUCACCAACCCAGAGCUACAGAUCCACUCCUGAGUCUGUACACUCAGUUGGUGGCAAUUCUUCCCAGAGCAGCUCUCCCAGUUCCAGUGUUCCCAAUUCUCCAGCCAGCUCUGGACACAUCCGCCCCAGCUCUCUGCAUGGACUGGCACCAAAGCUCCAAAGGCAGUACAGGUCUCCAAGGCGUAAAUCUGCAGGAAACAUCCCUCUGUCACCACUGGCUCACACUCCGUCACCAACCCCGCAGUCCACAUCACCGCAGCGCUCCCCAUCCCCUCUACCAGGACACUCAGUUGGCAGCUCCAGUAUUAUCCAGUCUUUCCCAGUAAAGCUACACUCCUCUCCACCGCUGGUGAGACAGAUUUCUCGCCCCAAGAGUGCCGAGCCCCCUCGGUCUCCUUUGCUCAAGAGGGUGCAGUCGGCUGAGAAGCUGGCUGCCUCGCUGUCCUCCUCGGAGAAGAAGCUGGGCUCCUCACGGAAGCACAGCUUGGAUAUCUCUCACUCUGAAUUCAAGAAGGAGAUGUUGCAGCGGGAUCCCAGUCUCCAGAGCUUACAGGAAUCUGCCAAUGAAACGACAGGCGGCAAACUCGGGCUGGCAGAAAAGGGGAUGCUGCAGAAGCCGGGCUCACGGAAGUUGGGCGCCAUCCGACAGGACAGGGUGGAGAGGAGGGAGUCUCUGCAAAAGCAAGAGGCCAUCAGGGAAGUAGAUUCUUCUGAAGAUGAAACGGAUGAUGGUUCAGAAGAUAGUCAGGAUGGGAGAAGGCUGGACAAGCCCCAUGGCAGUGGAGACCAAGGCUCAGAUUCUUUUAAUGAGGAUAAUAAGUUCUCGUCUAAAUUGGAAAGCAAGGAUAGUAUUGAAGAUGAUGCUUUUCUACCUGAAGAUCCAAAAGGUACAGAAGACUUGCAGAAGGGAAAUACUCAACAGGCCAAGCCUGUUCCAGAGCCUCUGCAAGCCAGUGUCCACCCUUCCCCAUCAGAGCUCCUGUCAAGAACUUCUCCAGAAAACUUAGCUAAUUCAGAAAAGCCAUUCCUAAAAUCAGAAACACCUGCAAAGGAACAUAAAUUGCCAGAAAACAAAACUUUUGACUGUUUUGGUCCAAAAGACAGGUCUUCUGAAGCAAUCAAAGACCUAGGGAGAACUACAGGUACAGGUACUCCAAAAACAGUAGAUCGCACAGAACAUGUACAGUGCCCGUCUAUCAAACUCCUGGAACUUGAAGAAAGCGAUUCUUCUGGGGCCUCCUGUGGUAAACUUGACCUGAAAGAACCUGUGCUAGCAGAGAGCAGUCAGAAAAAACAGGAUUCCAAACCUCUGCUGGCACUUCCCUCGUGGUGCACAGCAAACACGAGCACUCCUGUCUCGGUGAGUCCCCCAGACCGCGGCGAGAAGGGUCACAAGGAGACGCUUCAGCCUGCAGAGCAGCACAGCACCUCAUUCCUGUCUCCUGGAAGCGCCAGUGAAACGUCCCAAAGAAGUCCCAGUAGUGAAAAGCAGCAGCCCAGCUCAUCCCAGGCAGAGAGUGCUUUGAGCUCCAGCAAAACGAGCCCAGCGGGACCUGCGUCCUCCACACUCCUCAUCCCCGGUGCCAUCGAACGCGCACUCUCCGUGUCUCAGUUGGUGCCCCUGGCUCAGAGCGUGUUGGGCCCUCUGAAACUCAGUAUGGCUGGUUCUGGAGAGGUGGAGAAGAGAAAGGAUUUGGGUGCUUCCUGUAAAGAAGAGAGAGAUUUGAAACAAAAGAGGCAGGAGAUUUCACAAGUAGGAGAAUGCCAAGAGAAAGCCGAACUAUCUAGCACAGACGGUCUGAGCACGAGGAGCGGGUCCUGCUCAGAGUCCUUACACUCAGCAAAGCCCUGGGAGGCAGCGUGUCCUGUGGUGGCCAAAAAGGAGGCAACGUGCCCCGUGGUGGCCAAAAAGGAGGCAGCGUGUCCUGUGGUGGUCAAAAAGGAGGCGACUUUUUGCGGUGCUAAAGCAUCUGAAGCGUUGGCAGGUAGCUGCAAAAUCACUCCAUCGAAAGAGCUGUCUCAUGCUCUUGGACAAGCAGCUCUGAAAGCCUCUCCUCUGCCAGAUGGCAGCACGAGGCCCUGUAAAGAAGGGACUCUGGCACAGGCAAAAAGCAAAGAGGUUGGAAAUCAGUUAAAAAUACAAGACUUUCCCCUGUCACAUGACGAUGCUGUGAAGAAAACAUAGCAGCAUCGCUGGUACUCAUGGACUGGAGCAUUCUGCAUUCAAAAUAGAGACUGCAUGUUUGAAUUUUGUAAUAUACACUAAUAUAAAAUAGAACUUGUGUACAUCUAUUUUUGGGAGGGUUUUUUUCAUACUGUUUUUUGUGUUUUUUCAUCCUUGCUAUUCUAUUUUUGUACACAGUAAUGCUUGCUGUUUGAGGUCUCUUUAGAACAGGGUAUCUUUAAAGCAGGGCUUAAGAAACUGUUUGUUUAUUUUUAUUUUUUUCCCCCUUCCAGACCUUUUGUUUUGCCUGAUUUUAGGGCCUGGUGUGCUCUUCCCUCUAAUCCUGCAUUUAUUUGAGACCCCCAAAAUUGUGAGUACAAAAAAAGGCAGCUUGUUUUUAAAUUUCAGCUUUUCAGCAUUCUCUUUGAAAUUCCAUUGAAAUUCAAAAAUAUCAAGUUUUUGCUCCAAUUUUACAAUCUGAUAUCCUUUGGCAAGAAUAAGAAACUGCUCUCUUGUCUACAAGUUCACUCUGGAACUACGGACCCUCCGUGGUGCAAGUAUGACCUCUUUGUGUGAGGACACAGUCCUGUGUCCUUAGAGGAUAUGGAGACAAGGGACUUGGCUGGAGAGGCUGGACAAGAGGGGACAGUUACCUGUCUUCUCUUUAAAACAAGUAAGAGUAUUUUUCAAUGGAAUUAUCAGAAAGAGAAAUCUCCAAUCCGUAAGCUGGCUUGUUGGGGGAUUGUUUUUACUUAUCCUUUGUAGGACACACGGCAACUUUUCCCUCUGUUUUUAAAAUUUUAGUGAUGUUUUAUCUUCCUUUCUCUGGCUUCAAUUCAUAACUUGCCCUGCCUUGGAGUAAGUGACCCCCAGGAAAGGGGUACCUGUAGGUUGGUUUUAAAGUAGAGAGAUUUGUAGUCGCGUGUUCUCCAGUACGUCUCGGGGAAAGUUGUCUCGAUGAUGAACGACCCUUGGAGACUUUUCCUUCUCUUGGUGAGUCUAAGUAGGUAGGGGUUUUAAGGUGUUCCUUAACAUUUCUGAAUUGGGGCUUGGGAAACUUGCUGGGUUUUCUGAAUCUGCCCGUUUUAAAAACAAACAAACUCGUGAAGAGUUUGGACUCCUCAAGUUCUGUGGACAAGCUGCAAGCAGACUUCAAACCACGUGUGAUAUUUUCAGAUUUCAGCUUUGAUAGCUAGAUCAUUGCCACUGCUGAGGUCACUUUCCAUGACAAAGUUACUCUUUGCUCUUAGGUUUAGACAUGGCUUUGCUUUAAGUGUGACCAACUCUGGGUAACAGUGCUCCUUGCUGAGGAUUAGGUCAAUAAUAAUGCACCAAUAAAUGUGUUGAGUGGUGAUCCCUAUAGCACUGUAAGCCAUUUCUUCAUCCAGUUAAAAGUUCCUCUCAAUGAACACUCCCAUCAUUUGUCCCAGAUUGUGCUCAGCUUGUAUUCUAGUCUUGUCUGAGUGUAUCUCCCUGUGGAUCACCCGUGAGGGAUAGUAUCCUGCUCACUGGCUUACUCUGUUAGAAGCAGAAUGACUGUGCAACAGUAUUCCAAGCUAAAACCCACUCUGUUGGUCUGAUUUCCUUACAUUGCUGCUUCCUUCGCUGUCUUGGCUUUUCCUGAACUUGAAGUUUUGAUUUGUUUCCCCUAAAUGCAGAUCUGUUUUUAUAUAGGAAUAUAUUUUCUCCAUAUCUUUCAAUUUGAUUUCAGUUCAAUCCGCAGCUCACAAAAAAAAAAAAAUCUCUGAAAUCUCACCCUGCUUCUUUCUGUGUUCCCCCCAUUAUAUAUUUGAUUUUGGCUGCUUGAAUUUCAUUUCUGGACCAAGGUUUGGUUUGGUUUGGUUUUUUUUUUUUUUUUUUUUGUAACCUGUUUAAAUGAGUGUUUACUCCAUGAGUCUAUGUGAACAUGUAUGAUGUUGCUACUACACUAACCAAAGCCUCAGUGCUCCCGGGUAACACAUUAAUAAACCUUGCUGUGAUGGUGUCGAGAGCAGAGCCUGCUGUGCUGUCUGUCCGCUCUUUUUCCUUGGAAUUCAUAGGCUGCUCGUAUACACUUGGUUUGCAGUUACAAACCACAGUAUUUCCACUGCCUUGUCAGGGUCCUGGGUGUCUGCAUCCUCUCAAAGCGCUCUUGGUGGUGAGCAUCAUUCAGUGCUGAUUUGGAGCAAUAGCAAGUUAGGAACAGGCUUGGCAGGAUCUGGUACUUACCUGGCUGGUUUUCUCCCUGAUGGGUUGAUCUACUAAAAAAUCGCUGAGAAACAGUGCAGGAUGUUAUGGCACGGACAGGAGUAGUGAAAAAUGGAUUUGGCAUCCUGGUUCUGUGGUAAUUAUAAAGACAAGCCUCAGGCUGAUCUCCUGAGAGCACCUGACCUUGGUGAGAUGGAAGUGUCUGUGUAAAUUAAGGAGUGAGCCCAGAGUUGUGUGAGGACAUGGUCCAACCUGGCUGUUCCCUGGGUAGCAGGUCCCCUGUUCCCUUCUGUGUUUAGAAAACUCAAGGGGAAACCCAACCACUGCCCCUAGGAGGUUAGCAGAGGAUGAGCCAGGCUGGGUAACCUGGCUCAUCCCACAGUGGAAGGGAUGGGACGGUACCAGCCCUAAGCUGCUGACUCCCUGCCUUUGCAGCCAGUGCUUCCCGCGCUGAAUUGCAGAGUUAUCCUUUCUUAGGCAUAAAAAGAGGAGUGAAACCCCUUGCUAUGUCACAGCUCUUGCUGCUUGUGCCUACGUUGGGCAAAGAAGAGGUGAGGUGUGUGUUUUCUUGCCUCUUUUGUAGCUACGGUACAGAAAGUGAACAGUGCAAUUAAAAAUCCCUGUUCUUUUGGAAGCUAAAGCCAAACAGCGUUUCCAGGAAGGCAUCCUAGUGAAGCCCCCUGUCCCCUACUCCUGGUCAGUCUUGUAGUUUCCCUCCAUGUGCCAGGUGCCCCAUCGUCCCCGUUCCACCUUCUGUCAAAGUUUGAUGGCGCGCCUUAGCAGAAAGCCUGGGGGAAAAGCCUUUUGCUUUUAAAUCUUGAUGAUAAGCCAGAUAGAUACACCAAGACUUCUUCCUUGCUCUGCUACAAGUUCCUUCAAUGCCUUCUCAAAUAAACUUGCAAAAUGCUUUGGGGAAGAACGAGAUGUUGGAAGAGCUGUGUCUGAGGAGCCAGAGCGCGUUCCCAGCGCCGGCUCGGACCCGCAGUGCCCGAGGGAAGCCCUUGGCAAGCCCAGACCUCGGGCUCCGUAGGGAACCCUGAGUCAGGCAGGUGUGUGUUUGGUGAAUGAGCCGUGCAUGUCACCAUCCAAAUAUGCUGCUUUCCCCGCUUUGUUUCCCUCUUCUGUCAGCUUGGAUGUGUCUCCUGCUCCUCAUCCGUGUAGGGAUGGCGGCAUCUAAGCUGGUUCAUCCUCUGCAGCUCCUCUCUGCUCCUGCAUCCAGCUGGCCCAUCCCUGCCCCGCGCCUCAUUUCAGUGUUAAUUUUCCCUUUGUCUCUUACUGUUGCAAACUAAGAGAAAUGGAUGAUAUUUAUUGUAAAUAUUAGAUUUUAGCAUUGUACCGGCCACUCCUGGUCCGAGUGUCAGAGGCCUUUGGCUGCUGCUGUACUAAAGAGCGCUUGUGGGGAAGGGGUAGGAGUGACCAGUGGGUUUGUUUGCCACACUUGCAUUAAGGUGUGAUUUGGAGUAUAUUUUUUUUUUAAGUUUUUUUUUUUUUUUUCUUCUGAAGAGGGGAGGAUAAAGUCUUUCUCUGGUUUUCUCUUACUGGAUGUGAAGGAUAAUUCUGUACUUCUAGUAGAAGAUUUGACAGAAGUGUGUGUUUACGUUGUGUUCGAUUACCAUAUCCAGGUGGCUGUGAGAGCACCUCCUGCGCUGGGCUCUGCCAAGCCGUGUCACUCAGCACUUAGCUAGAUAAGAGAAAGUGUGGAAUUUCUGUGUUUUUAGAAACUUGAACAAUUGCCACAUAAUAGCGGUGCAAUAAUUUUUAUUCAUGUUGUACCUGCAUGUCGAUGUUCAAAUCCUCCUCCAAAAUAAAUAAUUCUUUUUUUUUUUUUUUUUUUUUUACAUAAAUCCAAA